AUGGUUUACUACUUCACAAGCAACGUGACGUCGCCAUCGGCGUACAUCUACAUGGGCAAGGACAAGGUCGAAAACGAGGACCUGAUCGCGUACGGAUUUGAAGAGGAUGUCUGGUUUCACGUCGACAAUCUCUCAAGUGCUCACGUCUACGUGCGUCUUCCUGAUGGAGAGUCAUGGGAGGAUAUACCAAAGCCGCUCUUGGAAGACUGCGCUCAACUGACCAAGGCCAACUCGAUUGAGGGCAACAAGAAGGACAACGUCACCAUCAUCUAUACACCAUGGUCGAACCUGAAGAAGGAUGGAAGCAUGGCUACCGGCCAGGUCGGCUUCAAGGACCAGAAGAAAGUCAAGCGCGUUUACGUCGCCAAGAGAGAGAACCCUAUAGUCAAUCGUCUGAACAAGACAAAGGUUGAGAAGUUCCCCGACUUCAGACAAGAGAAGGAAGACAGAGCGAAAGAGCUUAGAAAGAAGGAUCGUACUGUCAUUGCUGCAAAAGCAAAGGAAGAGGCUCGCAUUGCAAGAGAGAGAAAAGAGCUGGCAUACCAACGAGACCACGCAUAUGACGACUGGAACGCAGAAGAACAGGUCAUGGCAUCCAGCAACCAGAAUCGCGACUCUGACUGGGAGGACGAUUUCAUGUAG